UCAAAGUUAGACUUUUCCCUCUCUCUCUAUCUCCACAGGACUGGGUGUGUCUGGAUGUAAAGAGGGGACAUUCUGUAUUGUCGAUACAGGACGAGCAACCAUGGUGAAACAGAGAUCCCCAGUGUUCCCUCACACCCCUGUGCAAGUGGUCUCAGCCGGUCUCCAGUGAGGACUCUCCACCUCUACCCCCCUCCGUCCUGCGUAAUGGUUUAACCCACACUAGAUCUGGUCACCAUGAUGAUGGCCUCCAUGGUUGCCAACGGAAACAGGGAUGGCAGACAGGGGGAGGCCCUGGUCCUGAAAGGGGUGGACCCAGAGACCUGCAUGAUCGUGUUCAAGAACCACUGGGCACAGGUGGUAAAGAUCCUGGAGAAGCAUGAUCCUCUCCGCAGCAACACCAGCAGCAACAUGGCUGCCCUUGGUGUCAUCGGCCUCUCCAGCGGCGGCCCCAUGCGUUUCGGCGGGCCCAUCCCGGCGGACGAGGCCAGCGCGGUGCAGAACUACGUGGAACACAUGCUGUUCCUGCUCAUGGAGGAGGACGCCGGCCAGGCGGGAGCCAUGGGACCCAUCCUGGAGUUUGUGGUGAUGGAGAACGUCAUGGAGAGGCUCUUCCUGUGGAGCCUGAGGCGACAGUUUACUGAUGAAAUGAAACUGGAGCAGCUCAAGAUGUACGAGAUGAUCGUGGGCCAGGCGCGGCAGCCCUUACUGCACCACAAACCUGUGUUACGACCCUUAAUGAUGCUCCUGUCGUCGUGCUCGGGGACAGCUGGCCCGGAGGUGGAGGCUGAGCUGGUGUCAUUACUCAACCAACUGUGCUGUGUCCUGGCCAAGGACCAGUCUGUCCUGGAGCUCUUCUUCCAUACUAGCGAGGACCAGGGKGCAGCCAACUUCCUGAUCUUCUCCCUGCUGAUCCCCUUCAUCCACCGGGAGGGCCUGGUGGGCCAGCAGGCCCGGGACGCCCUGCUCCUCAUCAUGUCACUGUCUGCAGAGAACCAGCGYGUGGCCCAGCACAUUGCAGAGAACACCUACUUUUGUCCG